GCAACCCGCCGCCGAAGCUGACGUUCCCACGACUUCCCGAAAACCCCAUUUACAAAAAAACUCGCCUCCUUGUUCGUAUUUUGUUUUUCCGUGACAGUGUCUUGAGUUCCAAACUUGAACACGAAACAAUAAACUUUUCGGCUUUCUUUUGUUUCUUUUGUCGUGAAGUGUUCCGUUUUACUGCUCAAGUGUUGAUAAGAAAUUAAAAUCUUUGGAGCAAGGGGCUGGAGAUUGACGCUAUGGAUCAAUGACCUUGCUCCGAGACACCGACGAUGGCGCGUAGCACGGCUGUCUACCUCUUUACAGUCCAUUUUCUCUCGUACAUUAUAGUUUGCCGUCAAGACAGCAGCAACAAUAAACCUCGCGACCAGAGCACAGUGUCGGAAUCUUCCAGAAGGUUCCGAACAGAGUUCCUGGAAGACUGGCCGCAGGCCCCUGGCGCUCCAUACUUCGAUCCAAGUACACCGGACAACGUCACCGGCCUUGUGGGACAUCCAGUCACACUUCUUUGUAAAGUGAAGAAUCUGCAAAAUCGAACGGUAUCAUGGGUGCGUCAUCGUGACAUCCACCUGCUGACGGUGGGUCGCUACACGUACACAUCAGACCAGCGGUUCGAGGCGCAGCACAAGCCGCGCUCCGAGGAGUGGGCGCUGCGCAUCCGCUCCCCGCAGCGGCGAGACUCCGGCCAGUAUGAGUGCCAGAUCUCCACCACGCCACCUAUCGGCCAUGCUGUCUUCCUUAAUAUCGUUGAACCAGAAACGGAGAUUCUGGGUGGACCGGAUUUAUUUAUCUACGCGGGCUCCACCAUAAAUCUGACGUGUAUCGUCAAGCACACACCAGAGCCCCCGAACACGAUUAAUUGGACUCAUAGAGGCAAGACGAUAAACUUCGACUCCACUCGAGGCGGCAUAUCGCUGGUAACCGAAAAGGGGACACACAGCAGCAGUAGGCUGCUAGUCCAGUCAGCCAGGACGUCGGACGCAGGCGCGUAUCAGUGCGCGCCGGAUAACGCGCUGACUGCUUCAGCUAGAGUUCAUGUACUCACUGGUAAGUCAAUUAUUUUAUUGAAUUCUGCUCUGGACCUCAAGUGCAUUUUCCCCAACAAGAACAAUGUCAUCGGCAAACAGCAUACACCAGGGUGCUUCCUCCUGUAUGUCCGAUGUCAGAGCAUCCAUAACCAGGAGGAACAAAUACGGACUUAA